AUGAACAUCUUGAGGAAUCAAUCUGACAUUUGUACUAAGAACCCAGCUCAUUCUCUAGUAGCGCAGUACAAUUGUUCAUCGGAAUCAGCACAAUUGGGAAAGAUGAUUGGAGACGUCAAGUCGAUCAUCACUGGAGACACGAAGGAAAAAGACGACACGUCAGCGAAACCAAUAUCCCUUACGAGCAUCAGCAAAAAGAAUGCCAGACGAACCGAAACCUUUAAACGACCGGAGAAAAUGCAUCGAGAACUGUACAAUCUUAUAGGGAGUGCCGAAACGAAGGAUGCUGGCGCUGUAGUCCCGACCGAAAUCAGAAAAGGAUUUCGUCAGCUGAACGCACAGCUGGCUGGACGUCCUGCCCGUAAGUACAAAUGGGUUCCUUUCAUUAAUGAAGCACGUAACGACAAUCUUCAACUAUAUCACUGGCAGCGGAUUGAUAAACUUGAAAAUCCUGAGCCUUAUCCAUUCGCAAAGUUCAACAAGGUAAUCAACAUUCCCGACUUCACGGACGAAGAGUAUGAAAAAUACUUCAAAGUAGCAAAGUGGAGUCUCGAGGAAACCCGACAUCUUUUUGAUGUUUGCCGACGUUUUGACAUUCGAUGGCCUAUUGUGCACGAUCGCUAUAAUAGAGAAAAGUAUGGACCCAGGUCAAUGGAGGACAUGAAGGACCGGUUUUAUGCGAUCACAAAUGAGCUUGCAUUAUUGAAGGAUCCAAACUGUGAACCGAUUUGUUUCGAUGCCGAUCAUGAGCGGAGACGUAAAGAACAAUUGAACAAGCAGUGGAAUCGAACUAAAGAGCAGCUGGAGGAAGAGGAAAUGCUUCUCGCUGAAUUGAAGCGAAUUGAAGUUCGUAAAAGGGAACGCGAGAAAAAGGCACAAGAUCUUCAAAAACUCAUUAAUAUGGCUGAGGCACCUGCCAGCCCGUCGGUGAGCGGAGCUUGCAUGUCUCCUGCCUUAGGGAAGAAGAAGGGCACUUUGCGUCAGAAGGCAGGAACGGCAACGGUGACCACUGCUACCAAUCUCAGCUUCAACCCUGUUGACAUCUCUGUAUCAGCCAUUCGAUUCCCUGAGUUCAAAUCAGCAGGUGCGCAUUUGCGUAGCCAAGAAAUGAAACUGCCAACGAAUAUUGGGCAGAAAAAGCUCAAGAAUAUCGAAGUAGUGCUGAGCAAAUGCAAAUUAGAGAUGAAUCCUAUGGGUACAGAGGCAAUCGUGGCGGCUUACAAUGAGUUCCGAUCACAGAUCAUUUUACUGCAGGAAUUGAAAUCUACGCUUCAAACAGCUGAAUUUGAGCUUGAAACACUGCGCAAUCGGUUAACCGAAGAAGGAAAGGAACCCUUCGAAAUUGAGUCGCGCAUGCGAAUAUCUAACCUGAAUGAGGGUGGGCUGGAUCCGGAAGAAAUCACUGGUGAAGAGGGAGCUCCGAGUACCAUUCGACGGAUUACCUCUUAUAUUGAUACCUCAACGACUGCCCCGUUACUGGUACGGAAAAGGAAACUGGGUGUUGGCUCAUCAUCGCUAGACGCUGUAAGGACGAGAAAAACAUAG